AUGACAGCUUCAAAAUAUAUCUUUAUAACUGCUACCCUCGCAAUCUUCUUGGAAUCUUCCUAAGCAGUAAAAAAUAAUGCCUAGAAGACAAAACUAGCUCAAUCAUUAAGUUUAAUCAAAACCAAACUCGCAACCAGAUAUUACGACAAUGAUUACUAUCACGGUAACUAUGAUUAGAAUAACUCAGUAUCACAAUAUACAGAUUCAUAUUACUAAUACUAUUCAGAUGACAACUCUACCAAUUCAACUGAUAGCAAUAUCUAUGAAGAUGAUUAGUAUGGAAAUAGCAAUAAUGAUUCAGAAAGCAAUUCUACCAAUUCUACCGAUAAUUUACCAGUAAGUUGUCCUAACGGUGCCUACAACUUAGAUUACUAUGACUAGGAAAUCUUUAAUAGCCUUGUUGAUGAUGCUUGGUCAGUUGUUUUAGACUAUGGAUUAUACACUUAUGAUCAAGAGUAUAAAUUCAGAGAAGAAGCUGAAGAUUCUCUUCAGGAAAUCUGCUACUAUUACCAGUUCGAAACUUUUGUGAAUCAAACUAGAGAGGCUCUUAACUUUCUCAGACAAGGCAACUACUCCUUAGAGCAAUGGACCCCAUCUGCUGAAGAUUUGAAGUAAGUUGAUAAACUAGUUGCUGAGUAUCUAGUUGAAUUACUACUUGUGAAAGAAAAAGAAAUUAGAACUCUUGCUGAGUCUUUGACUAACUCAAGCAAAGAUGGAAGUGAGUUUAAUAGCUCUGUCUCUUAUCUUGAAACAUAAGUCAAGAACAAAAUUGCUGAACUUAAUGGAGACUACAGUCACUUAUAUAGUAGUUAUAACAGUUAUAGCAGUGGCUACGGUAAUAACUACUAUGGAAGCAACAACUAUGGAUACAGUGGCAACUACUACUAUGCACAAACUAAGAAUACUAUAAAGAGAGCUCAAUCUAAAAACUUCUGGGAUAAUGUUGUUACAAAAGAAUGA